UGGCGGCGGCCUGUUUAUGUUGUGCAAGUUGUGGGGGGGGGUUGGGGAGGAUGAAGAGUGGGAUGUGAGCCGGAGUUUGUCCGUGAGGCAGCGGCGGGGUCUGAGUCUGAUCAGCGCCAGGGCACUACCGGCUUAAUUUUAAUUUAAUUUUGAGGCAGGCGGGCGGGAGUAGAGGUGGGGGGGUUUAUUUCCCCCGGGUGUCGGGUCGCUCGGCGGCCACUGCCGGGUCCGGCCGCUGUGUGGGGAUGUCGGAGCCGCUGCUUCUCAGUCAGUUCGUGAAAAUAACCGGGAGGCCGCAGGCCGGGCCACCAGGCUCUAAGAAGAAGGUCAGAUGGUUUCCCGUUAGGAGACUCUUCGCCCAACCCUGCCCCAGUCUCAGGAUCCCUUACAGGUUUUUAAAGACAGGCUUCACUUCUCCACCUGCUCGAAGUGGACAUCGUUGUGUUGCUGAUAAUUCAAGCCUUUAUGUGUUUGGAGGUUAUAACCCUGACUACGAGGAGUCAGGAGGACCGGGUAAUGAAGACUAUCCACUUUUCCGUGAACUCUGGCGAUACCAUUUUGCUUCUGGCACUUGGCAGCAAGUGGGUACAGAGGGGUUCAUGCCCAGGGAACUUGCAUCUAUGUCAGUUGUUUUACAUGGUAAUAACUUGCUGGUAUUUGGAGGCACUGGUGUGCCUUUCGGUGAGAGCAGUGGGAAUGAUGUCCAUGUGUGCAACAUUAAUUAUAAGCGAUGGGCACUACUCAACUGUCGAGGGAAGAAACCCAACCGCAUAUAUGGGCAGGCGAUGGUGAUCAUAAAUGGAUACCUUUACAUAUUUGGUGGGACGACUGGUUAUGUUUACAACACAGAUUUGCACCGAUUAGAUCUUACAGCUCGGGAGUGGAUACAACUAAAACCAAAUAACCCUCCUAGUGAUUUACCUGAAGAAAGGUACCGACAUGAAAUCGCUCAUGAUGGGCAAAGGAUAUACAUAUUAGGAGGAGGAACAUCAUGGACAACGUAUCCACUGGAUAAGAUACAUGCAUAUAACCUGGAGACUAAUACGUGGGAGGAAAUGCAAACAAAACCACAGGAUAGAACAGGUUUUCCUGCAGCCAGAAGGUGUCAUAGCUGUGUACAAAUUGGGCAUGAUGUGUAUGUGUGUGGUGGAUAUAACGGUGAGAUAAUACUUGGGGACCUCUGGAAGCUCAAUUUACAGACUUUGCAAUGGACAAAGUUGCCUGCGGAAAUGCCAGAGCCUGCUUACUUCCACUGUGCAGCUGUAACCCCAGUUUUACAGGCUGGCUGCAUGUAUGUACAUGGUGGAGUAGUCAACAUCCAUGAGAACAAACGGACUGAUUCACUCUACAAAAUCUGGCUGGUGGUGCCCAGCCUCUUUGAACUUUGUUGGGAGAGGCUGCUGAAGAGUCUCCCACACUUAACACAGUUCUCCACUACACAGCUACUCAAUCUUGGACUCACACAAGGACUGGUGGAGAGAUUGAAGUGACUGCCAGAGUGAAGGAGGUAGAAAGAGAGAGACACAGACAGAUAAACAGACAUGGAUUCUGCAACAUGGAUGAUGGGCAGUGUUGGAGGAAGCUGCUGGGAAGAAUACUCCCCAAGGCCUUAUCUGCCAUAAGUGUUCGAUGUCUUGGUUACUUUGUUGUUUUUUUUUUUUUGAAAAGACCUCCUGUUCCUUGCUUGCAUUGUGUCAUGGACUGACCCCCUCACCCACCACCACCUCACAAAGGCAAGUGGAGCCCACUUUGAUUUUUUUUUUAAAAACUUGUGCCCUCAGUGGGCUUGCCCUGACACUGGAGUAGUUCCAGUUGAGAUACAGAUCAGCCUGUCUCUGUAAAGGGCUGUUUCCAGACUGUGUCUCAUUAGCUCGUAACACCCUCAUGUCUUAACAGUUUUUUGGUCAGUUUUUAAAGUCCCAAGUUAAUUCAAUAUUAAAAAGGUAGUUUCUUUUCCCCCUCCCACAAGCCAAUUUCCAUGAAUCGUAGGUUUUGGCAAGACUGAUGAUCUCAUGGGAAACGGCUGCCUCUUUUUCCUUAAAAUCUUUCCUUUUUCAAAUUUCUGACAGACUUGCAGUGCAUAUCCAGUAUUUUCUGUUUCAGUUUCAGAUCUGAAACAUUUUUUUCCUUUUUUGUUUUGGUUGUUGUCUGCUUUGCCUCACCAUCCCAUUUAAAUCUUUGUUGUAUCAAGAGCCAAAAACAAGUGAUUGCCUUAAGAUACUGUUUUAAUCACUGAGUACUUUUCACACAUGCAGUGAGUCCAUCCUGAUCGUGUUUGUCUUUUGAGCCAUGCUGAUUUGGAUUCAAUUUACUGUUGUGUAUUUUUUUUAUAAAGCUAUAAUUGUUCAUAUGUUCAUAAAAGGAAAAGAACACUUCAUGUUGCAUUCAACUUACUGCCUUGGCUUGUGGAGCCCUCCACCCACGGCUCUAGCUAACCCGUCAGUAAUUAUAAUGGGGCUUUGGUUAGUGUCAGCAGGUCAGUUGAACAGGUAAUCUGUAGCCAUUGCUGUAGGUGUUCCAAACAUUGUUAUGGGCAAAGAUUUUUGUGGCUUUUUAGACAGUGAACAUGCCAGCAUGAGCAAUAAAGUUACUUUCCACCCAAGCUCACUUUCCCCUUACUGAUUCUUAAUCUGACUACAAGAGGGGAGACUCUCAUUGACAUUUUAUUCUCUUUAUGGCAGCUGCAAAGAAGAACUCCAGUUGUGAUAUGUUGACAACCUGAAAAAAACCCUGGCAGUUUCUGGGGUUCCCUUUCCCAACUAUGUUAGUGUUUGCAAAUGUUACUGCUUCCCCCCCCCCCCCCAAAAAUAAAGGUUAGGGAAUAGAUAUUUAACCAAUGGUUCACUACUCGUAGAGGAAUUUGGAGUUGUGAUUGUAGGGUUGAGGUUUGGGUACAGAAACCUGAUCCUGAUCCUAUUCCUUUAGAACCCAAAGCCGAGAAUGUAGGGAAUAGAGCUUGUGACCCUCUCUACACCACUACCCCUGCAUCCUACUCAAGCCACCUCAUCCUCUAUCCAGCUCAGGUAAAUUGUCCUGUCUCCCUUUCUCAAUUCCCAUUGUAGCCUUUGCUCACUUUUUGUGAGGCAGUGUCAUCUCUCUCCUCUCCCCGAGUGUGUGUAAUUAUCAACCCCAUUGUGCCAAGACUCAAAUUGAAAUUAUCAACUUAUUUUGUUUUGGAAAUCUGCUCAUUCACUUUCAAUUUAACCAGGCUGUUCCUGUCUUUCAGCAAUUUACUCUGGCUAAGCCCUCAGCAAUCAAGUUCAACUCUUGAAACCACUUCACUUAAAUCAAUUUGCCAAGUGGCAAUAGUAGUAGCAAUGUAUAGCAUAGCAAUUAUGUUUUGAGAGCAACUGGGUUACUGAAGUUUGCAGCUUAUAAAUCAAUUUGCAGCUGUCAAUGAAAAUUAUAUUUAAUACAGUAGGGUACAUAUUACACAGCUGACCAUCUCAUUAGUUGCCAUGAUGGAAGUUGAAUGGGCUUGCACAGUGCUGGUUCCUAAUGUAUGCCAAAACUGUUUUAAUAAGCCUGUAGUUUUCUAGGUGACUGGUGAUUAGGAUUUAAACUGGUUCUUGUUUUGCUUUUGUAAAAGAAAUAUAGUCACUUUUCAACAGAGGCCUAUCUUUUUUUAAUUGAAUCUUCAGAAUUGUAAACUCUUGUUAAAAAGAGUUAAGCUGAUGAUUUGCAAAAGUAAGGCUUUACUCAAGACACCCAUUGUAAAAAAUGAUGGGCUGAAAGGAAAAGUUGGUCAGUCCUUUUCUUUAUUUUUUAACCCCAUGUCCUGGUUUGACUUUUAAAUCACUGCAAGAUUUUCUUUCUCCCUGCAUCUUUUGUAAAAUUGUUAAUAAAAGCAUGGAUGAAUCUGUUGAAUUUUCA